UCAAGUCUUGGCGGAAUCACUUUCAGGUCCGCCACUGUAAAAGCACCACCCACAAUACAAUAACCCAUCCCAAGCGAUUCGAUUCCAUUCAAUAAUCAAUAACACAACACGCACAUUCGAUUCCUCGUCCCAAACCCUAUUCCCCAAUUUCGAUUCCUAUUCCAACGAGAUCCCAAGUAACACAGCAGAUCCCUAAAAUUAAAAUUCCGUUUCGGAGAGAUCCAAGUCUCUUCAUGGCGCCUCGUGGAGCCACGCUGUUGUUCCUUCUAUGCGCUCUCUGCUAUUCUCUCAUCGCCAUUGCUGGAAAGAGCUAUUACGAUAUACUUCAACUUUCUAAGGGUGCGUCGGACGAACAGAUAAAGAGAGCGUAUAGGAAGCUAGCAUUGAAGUACCAUCCUGAUAAGAACCCGGGCAAUGAAGAGGCUAAUAAGAAAUUUGCGGAGAUUAGCAAUGCGUAUGAAGUAUUGUCUGAUAGCGAGAAGAGGAAUAUUUACGAUAGGUAUGGUGAAGAGGGUUUGAAGCAGCAUGCUGCUAGUGGAGGCAGAGGUGGUGGAAUGAACUUCCAAGAUAUUUUUAGCACUUUCUUUGGUGGGGGACCAAUGGAGGAAGAAGAGAAAAUUGUAAAAGGAGAUGACUUGGUUGUUGAUUUGGAUGCAACACUUGAAGAUUUGUACAUGGGAGGUACCUUGAAGGUUUGGAGGGAAAAGAAUGUACUAAAGCCUGCUCCUGGGAAAAGACGCUGUAACUGUAGAAAUGAGGUUUAUCACAAGCAAAUUGGGCCUGGGAUGUUUCAACAGAUGACAGAGCAGGUCUGUGAGCAAUGUCCUAACGUCAAAUACGUAAGGGAGGGGUAUUUCAUCACUGUUGAUAUUGAGAAAGGCAUGCAAGAUGGGCAGGAGGUGCUAUUCUAUGAGGAUGGAGAGCCCAUAAUUGAUGGGGAAUCUGGAGAUUUAAGGUUUCGUAUCCGAACUGCACCUCAUGACGUCUUCAGAAGAGAAGGCAAUGACUUGCACUCUACUGUCACUAUAACUCUUGUUCAAGCCCUUGUUGGUUUUGAGAAGACCAUUAAACACCUAGAUGAGCAUCUGGUGGACAUAAGCACAAAGGAAAUCACAAAGCCAAAGCAGGUGAGGAAGUUCAAAGGGGAGGGUAUGCCAUUGCAUAUGAGCAACAAAAAAGGAGAUCUUUACGUCACUUUUGAGGUUCUAUUUCCCACGUCUCUAAGGGAGGAGCAGAAAACAAAGAUAAAAGCAAUUCUUGGUUAGAAUACGAACAAGAUAGGUGUUAUUUCGCUUAUUAUGUCCUCAAUGUAACAUGGUUAGGUGGUUAUAGUAAACGCAUACCUUGGGCUUCUCGUCCAUUCCCCUUUUUUUUGUUAGUUGACAAAUAGAUACCUUUUUCCCCCGUUCGUAAUGAUGCGCAUCCUGUAACUCUUGCCGUCCAUUGAAUUCAAUUGCCUUCUUGGCGGUGCUAUUUUGAUACGAGGAAAAUAACACUCGCUGAAAAGAAAAAGAAAAUGCUUCCAUUGUUUUGUACCGUGCCUGAAAUCGUUCAUCUUGUGAACUAAGAUUAGAUUGCUGUAAAACUUAAUGUCGUCUUACUGAAGUUGAUGCAUUUGUAGCUGCGGAACUAGAUUAGAAUGCAUAUGGACCAUAACCAUUGAGCAUACGUUUGUACCUGCACUCGACGGCUAUUAAACUUUCAUUUCAAUAUUUAAAGGUUGACAAGCUCA